AAUAUAUGCAUGAGGAUUGCAGUGUUUCAGCUAUUCAAAAUAAGGACUAUAAUAGACCUUUUUCUUAUUCAGACACUGAUUUUUUCAAUUUUGAAAAUAAGGUACAUCAGGAAAUACAAAGUUUCAAAGAACACAGAAUGACAGACAGGUGUUGUGUUCAGCCUUGUAAACUAAAUUUCUGCCUGUGCCUAAAGAAGAUACAUUGCUUAUCAUGCCAAAGUACAGCUAUCGGAUGCAUUAACAAAAUGGUCAGUCGCAGAAGUUGUGAUGCUUACAGCCAUUAUAGAUGCCCUAGUUCCUACCAAAAUUAUCAUAGUUGUGCAUGUGCUGCCGCCACUGCAACAAGCCCUCAAGUUAAACCUCUGAAAAUAUGUAAUCCAUUGGAAGCCAGUAAUGAUUGUGAUAGAACCGGCAGCCCAUCUCCACCUCCAUUAUCGCCCAUAACAAUUGACAAUAUUGAUAAAUACGGAGAAAGCACAGGUUGUCCAGUGUUAGUUCACAACAGAAGUGAAAUAAGCAGUAAUCUGUCUCAAUCCCUUUUGUCGCAUGAAGAGGAAGGUGAUGUUGAGAAAGAGUCAAAUAAAGAGACAAACUGUACUAAAAUACAACCAGCUAAUGAGGCGGGUGAUGCACAUUCAGAAUAUGCUGAGGAGGAGUUAGAACAAACUGAAAGUGGAUCUUUGAUUCAUGAUCUAUUGGAGCGAAUAAAUGAAAAGCUGAAACCACUGGAAAAAGAAUCAAGUCUAGCAAAUGUAGCUGCUAAUGAAAAUGUAGAAAAAAACGAAAAUAUUCAUUUAGGAGACAUUAUAACAGCUGUUCUGCACAAAAACAAUGGUAAGAAUGAUUAUAAUUUAAAGGAGCUUCUUAGUCAGCAUGAGAAAAGUGUGGAAAAUAAAACCAUUCAAACUCGUUUCCGCAGAAGGCAAGAAACUCUAAUCGCAAUAAGUCACUCUCCCGACUCUUCCUCCUCACGCCGUCAAACGGUACAGAUUAAAAGAGAAAUUGCUAGUUUUGACCAGUCUUUCUUUAGGAGAAAUCCAGCAGUGGAAAGAAGUGGGAAAAAACCUGACAAAAAAAACUCAGUUACACCAUGCAUGGAAGCAAUGCCUUUAGUUUGUGAUCCUGAAGAUGUUUCUGUUAAAAAUGGGCAACCUGCUAAUGCUCAUCAAGUUCCAUCCUACCAAGCCCAAACCUGUGAGCUGCCUUCAUUAGGUCUUCAGGAUGAUCCAAUACAAAUUUCACUUUGUGAAUCAAAUUAUUCAACCACAGAAAGUCAUCCAAAGAUAUCAAAAAGCACUGACCUAACCUUGAAAACACCACAUAAAAAUAGUGAUGUAACUGCAGAUGAAGAAAAGCAAAUAAAUGUAGAAGCAAAGGGCGUGUCCAAACCUGAGGAUGUUGGCGAUUCAGGAAGAGCUCAAAGAAAUAUUGUUCCUCCUGAACGAUUUUCCAUGUAUGUUACAGAGCCAAGAAAGAUGUACCUUGCUGCCUGCUUUUCCGAAAGCCUUUUCAUUCAAAAAUCUCCCAAAGUUAAAAAAUCUUCUAAAGAUUGUGUGAGUAAUAGUGCAGCCACAAAUGUACCUCGUAAUGGAAUUUCUGCCCUGUGGAAGGAUCAGAUUAAAAGUUGUGAAGCUGCAAAUGUGACUCCAGAUUUCAACAAUCCAGCUCUCCCAGAGAAUAUGCCUUUGAAUCUUUGUAACAGAUCAACACGGAGAAAUAAAGCUAGGGAGCCAGAAGAGGCUAGUGCUUUAAAAUCUUCAAGUAUUACAUAUAAUGAAAACAAUGGCAAAAAACAGUAUGCACAGAAACGGAAAAAGCAUUUAGUUUCCAGUUCUUCAAUAUGUUUGAGGUCUUCUGUCGCCCGUGUUAAAGAAAACUCACAGUCACAUUCUAAUAGUACUGAAAGUUCUGAGAAUUGUUCAUUCGUCACCAAUUCUAGCACACCCAUCAGCAAAACUGAUCUCCUCCAGAAUGUGUCGGAUUCAUUUGAAAAUAAUUCUGCGACUAACUAUACUAGUCCAAUAAGACUGAUGUAUGUUUCUCAAACAAAAAGUACUGAUGGGGUGAAAUACACAUUAACUUCGCAUUCGAAUACCAGUACGCAAUGUGGUUCACUUCUCCCUUGCUUUGAAAGUGUAAUUAAUGAGGAUGAAGCAAAUGUACAGCAAGAAACAAGGAAUGAUGAAGAGGCCAUGUACUCACAAACCUGUGAAGCUGGUAAUGAUAGGGUUGGCACCAGUAAAGAUGUGUAUACUACUGAAGCAGAGAGAGCACUGCCUAGUAAUGAAAAUAACUCUGAGUGUAAUGAUCAGAAAGAGAAAGAAAAUCCUCCAGAUACUCACAUAGAGAUGAAUGACUCUUUUCUAAAAAGAAAACCUGGCCGACCCAAAAAACUCGGGCCACAAAUUGAAAAACGGGUGAAGAGACCAAUUGGUAGACCACCAAAACAUAAGACUGAUUGCUCUGAAUCUAUUUCUAGUAAGAGUAGUGCUGUAGAUAGCAGUGCUGAUUGUUCACUGGCCAAAGAAGAUGAAUCCAGUAACAAGACUAUCAAAGUCACUGUGGUCUAUGGGCGAUCUAGAAGAAUAAAGCGCCUCGUGUCUGAAGGUGAUGAUAAUAUUAGUAAAGAUACAGAUUUUCAAAAUGGCUCCUGUGAAAACCAAAGAGAAAAAGAAGAUUCAGAGGCAGAUUUAGAAGAACCCUACAGAAGUGGUCACUCCAAGCAAGCUAGUAAAAAGCAAGUGGAAGACAAUCACUUUGACUUUGUAAGGCCUGUAAAAGACAAGGAGGGUGUGCCUCACCCUAGCAGCAACAUUAUUUGUCAAAAUCGAAAGGGUAUGGCUGCUAUGAGAAAGCCAGGGCGACCUGCAAAGGUGAGAAUUUCAGGCAUCUCGGUAACUGUUAACACAGUUUCCCCAAAGCAAAGGAAAAUUUGUAUUUGCAGGGAAUUGUCAGAAGUGCUUGAUGAGGAAUCUGAGCCAACCAAACCAGAAAUGGAUGACCAUGAACGUGCCACAAAAGAGCAAAUGGUUAAACAACCUUCAAAUGACAGUAGUGUAAGCCAGUCAGAGAAUGAAGACAAAAAAGUAAGAAACAAAAAAAGACCUGUACUGCCUUUAAGGCAUUCCAACAGAGUCAGGAAACCUUCACUACACUUCCUGCACUCUGUGGCAACUUCUAGAGCAUUCUCUCAUAGUAAUGCCUUGCUACGCAAAUCUCGAAAACUGCUGUUAAACAAAGCUGAUAGUGAAACUACGAGACAUCGCCUGGCAAGCCUUGAAGUACCAAGCAAUGAUACCUCAGAAGUUACAUUUUUAGAGACUGAAAGUAAAAAUCCUCUGCGUGAACAGGUGGAUUUUAGCCAUAUAUGUGAAUUGUCAGAAGAUUCAAUUUUUGCAUCAAAUGCAGCUCUCAGGUGGUGGCCUAUCUCAACUUCAAAGGAUAGUUUACAAGAGGAGCUGCACAGAAGAUUUCAGCAAAUAACUAACAGCUGGCACUCCGUUGAUGUUGGAGAACUGGGAAAUGAACAAAGGGAAAGGGAAUGCGCAGUCCAAGACAGGACAUGGGCAGUGCCGAGAAGUGAACUUCAAGAAAACCAAGUGUCAGCUGUUAAAAUGUUAUUUCAGAAACACUGUGAUAUGAAUAACCUUUGUGCUUGGUUCAUGCAAACCACAGAAACACAGUCCUUGACCAUAGUAAGAAAGACAAAUGCUCACAAUCCUUCCAAAGUUCUCCAUUACAAUGACACCAGAGCAGUAAACAGAACUGGUAUCUGCCCCAAUCCGCCAGCAGAGCGUUUAAGCAAACACGUCAAAAAAUUUGUACAAACAUCCCCUACAAGACAUUUUCAGAUAGAAGACAGAAUGAGAAAGAGGAGAUUACAUGUAAGGAGGAGGCUGGUAUUAGGCAAACAUGGCACCAUUUCAUCAAUGAUCUUGAACAAGCAAACCAAACAAUUGGGAGAAAACAUAAUGCAUAGAAAUGAAAAAAAUCCUUGGAGAAGAAAGUCCAAAUUCAUGUACGGAGCGCAAAUCUAUAAGAAACUAGCGAGAAGGCAAAACACCCUAGCUCUGCCCCUUGUUAAAACUUCUACAGAAAUCCAAAUGGAAAACCAUGAAACCCUGUUUCCAGAUACAAUGCCAUCUUCCUUUAUAGGAAUCCAGAGUCAUGCACUGAACUUGCCAAACACCACUGGGGAAUUGAUUAACCAGCAGCAACAGCAGAGCACAACAGAAGAGCCUGACCUUGAAGAGAAAAUCUCUACAGAUAGGAGCCCAGAAACCUUGAAGGAAUGUAGGGUUUUUCUGACAAAAAUCAGCCCUCUAGAAAAAAAGAUCCAUACUGAAAGCAACAACCUUCAGUCACAAUACACAGUUUUAGAUAAAUCUGUUCAAGCAGAAAGCAGCAAGACAGAUUGUGAAAUUGAAGAACGUAAUUUUUGCACAGUGAGACUGUACAAUGUUCUCUCUGCAAGUAACAGCGUGGUUCCUGUCAGUAAAGAAAGAGAAGAGCAAGCAAGCAAGUCAGAAAAUGACAGCAGCAUUAAAAAGGUUGCAUCUGAAGGAACAAGGCAUUCUACAAGAAAGAACAUAAUUUGUCAGCAAACAAAUAAUGAUGAGUCAUUAUGCGACAAAAAAUCAGAUGGAAACUUUAAAACUGGAAGGAUAACUAUUCUAACAAGAAAAAGAACUGGUCUCAGUCUUGAAGAAGCUGCAAAAAAGAGAAGACCAUCUUUGACUGGGUGGCCAUCGGGAAGGAACUCUCAUUGGUUGUUAGGGCCUUUAACCCCCCCUCUGCGACAGCCCUGGCGUGAAAGAAGUGGAAAUAGAGCUGCAGUGUUCUCUAUGACCCCAAUUAAUGUGCUGUCUUUGGACUGAUCGUGCGGAGGCAUAUUUAGAAAGAUAGCAACUCUUUGUUUUUGUGUCAUGUAGUUUAAAUGUCUCUCCCCAUAGCCCAGCAAACACCCUUGUAUUAGUAUCAGGCAUUUGUUUCAAGUCUAAUGCUUCUGGCACAGUGCGGAUUGGUUACAUUUCAUAGCGGUAACACAAAUUCAGAGAUUCUGCUAGAAUGCCACAGUACUCUAAAGAUAGCUGCUCUGCUGUUUUACUAUUGCAGUGAUUUAGUGUAUAGCACUAGCUUGACUAAAACAAUACAAUAAAAAUGACUGAGUUGAAAUUUUGGCCUUUAUUGUAAAAUGGGAACUGUAUAUUUGGUAUGUAACUUUUUAUUUUAUUUGCUGUGUCUGUUACUACAUUUGGACUAGUUAGUUCUCUGCUCAUGUAGAAAUACUAUAUAGUCUUAUUUGUUUAAACGUUUGACAAGUAAUUGUACUAUUAUGUUUUUUUUUUUAUUUGUAUAUUUUUAUUUUUUUGUAUUUUUACAUGUUACAAUUUGGUUUUAUUAUUGUUAGUUUUGUGGCUGGUAAACUGUCAACCUUUUGACUUCUGCUUAAAUUGCUUUGAAAGCAGAAACACUGUUGAAUUUAUUGGACCAACACCGAAGUUCAAAACAUCCAAGCUUUUUCCAGAUUCCAGUAUAUAUUAUAAUAGGGCUGUCAAGCGAUUAAAAAAAAAGAAUUUUGGGUAAUCUCAGUUUUAAUCGCAUAUU